AUGUUAUUGUUUUGUUUUUACAAAGGCUUAAUUUCCAAAAUGAUUCCCAACGGAUAUUUGAUCUUUGAGGACGAAAGUUUCCUGGAUUCCACUGUGGCCAAGAUGAAUGCCCUUAGAAAGAACGGCCAGUUCUGUGAUGUGAGACUUCAGGUGUGCGGCCAUGAAUUGAUGGCUCACCGGGCAGUGCUGGCUUGUUGCAGUCCUUAUUUGUUUGAGAUAUUUAACAGCGACCUGGAACCUCAUGGUAUCUCCCAUGUGAAGUUUGAAGAUCUGGACCCUAUGGCUGUGGAGAUCCUUCUCAACUAUGCUUACACUGCCCAGUUAAAGGCAGAUAAAGAGCUGGUCAAGGAGGUUUACUCUGCAGCCAAACGGCUCAAAAUGGACAGAGUGAAGCAGAUCUGUGGUGACUACCUUCUCUCCAAGAUGGAUUCCCAGAGUGCCAUCUCCUAUCGCAAUUUUGCCAGCUGCAUGGGAGAUGGACGUCUGCUGGGCAAGAUCGACAGCUAUAUCCAGGAGCAUCUUCUGGAGGUGUCUGAGCAAGAGGAUUUCCUCAAGCUCCCACGCCUUAAGUUGGAGGUGGUGCUGGAGGAUAACUUGACCUUGCCUAGUAAUGGCAAGCUAUACUCCAAGGUGAUUGGCUGGGUCCAACGCAGCCUGUGGGAAAAUGGCGAACCCUUGGAGCGACUGAUGGAGGAGGUGCAAACGCUGUACUAUUCGGCCGAUCAUAAGCUGCUCGAUGGGAGCCUGCUUGAUGGGCAGGUUGAGGUGUUCGGCACUGAGGAUGACCACAUCCAGUUUGUGCAGAAGAAGCCCCCACGUGAGAAUGUACACCGACAGCUGAGCACCAGCUCCUCUGGCAGCCUCUCCCCUGGAUCCACCAAACAUCCCUGCAAGCAAGAGUGGAAGUACAUAGCUUCUGAGAAGACCGCAAAUAAUACGUACCUGUGUCUGGCUGUGUUGAAUGGCAUGCUGUGUGUGAUCUUUCUGCAUGGGCGCAGCAGUCCCCAGGCCUCACCUUCGGCUACACCUUGCCUAACCAAAAGCCUGAGUUUUGAGGGUCAGCCUCUGGAGGAGGAACCAGACAAGGUGCUGUCACCCAUGCACUACGCUCGCUCCGGACUGGGCAUCGCUUCUCUGAAUGACCAACUCAUCGCCGCAGGUGGAUAUAACCGGGAGGAGUGUUUGAGGACUGUGGAAUGUUACAACAUAAAGACUAACAGCUGGACUUUCAUUGCACCAAUGAGGACUCCUCGUGCUCGUUUUCAGAUGGCUGUGCUCAUGGGUCAGCUUUAUGUGAUGGGUGGAUCCAACGGACAUUCUGAUGAACUGAGUUGCGGGGAGACCUACAACCCCAGUGCUGAUGAGUGGACUCAAGUGCCAGAGCUCAGGACCAAUCGUUGCAAUGCAGGUGUCUGCUCUCUGAACAACAAGCUGUAUGUUGUUGGAGGGUCGGAUCCUUGCGGGCAGAAAGGUCUGAAGAACUGUGACGUUUUUGACCCCAUAAGCAAGGCUUGGACCAACUGUGCCCCUUUAAACAUCAGGAGGCAUCAGGCUGCUGUGUGUGAGUUGGAUGGCUUCAUGUACGUGAUUGGAGGAGCAGAGUCAUGGAACUGUCUGAACAGUGUGGAGCGCUACAACCCAGAAAACAACACUUGGACCCUCAUCGCAUCUAUGAACAUCGCCCGUAGAGGAGCUGGAGUGGCUGUCCACGAAGGUAAACUUUUUGUGGUGGGUGGCUUCGAUGGCUCUCACGCCUUGCGUUGUGUUGAAAUGUACGACCCUGCUCGCAACGAAUGGAGGAUGCUGGGGAGCAUGAACUCACCACGCAGCAAUGCUGGUGCAGCCGUCCUUAAUGAUGUCAUCUAUGCUAUCGGAGGCUUCGAUGGAAACGACUUCCUCAACUCGGUUGAAUCAUACAACCCUAAAACCGAAGAGUGGAGCACUUGUGCAGACGCCUUCACCGAUUCCUAAGAGCCAGGGGUCGGGGAACCAAUGGGAGGGGGGUUAUCUCACUCAAACUAACAGGCUUAGUGACGUAAUCGUGCUUUGUGAUGUCCUGUAUGUAUGCGGGGGGUGGAUGGGUGGGUCUUUGAGGCGUGAGGAAGGUCUCGUGGGGUCUUCUUUGCAGGAGUCACCCAUGAGAUUGACUUUUCUUACAGUGUUUGGGUGGGGGUGGUGUGUUUGGGGUUGCCUGAAAGCAACAUUAAGCCUUUGCAUAUUGCAUACUUUAUUUUUUUUGUUGAUGUACAUAUUGUUGUUUCUUUUUCUUCUUUUUUCCGUUUAAAGAAGAAUGCCAACAUUUAUUGCACACUGAGUGUACCUUUUGAGUGAAGUAGUUUAGUAUUUCUGUUUUUGGCAAGUUGAAGACAGGAUUAAUUGGUUAAACCCAUUAUGGAAGUGAUUCGGGUUGAAUUAGUUUGCUUUAGUGUUUUUUUUUUUUAAAGCUCACUUUAUUUGAAGCUCCAUGCUUAUACAAAGCCUUAUUUUAACAAAAUGUUCAAACACAUGGCUUUCCAUUUUGUAUCAUUAGCCAUGACGUAGGAUUACAGUACCAAUCUUUAAAGAUGGCCUUUUUUAUAUUUUUGAUACACUGCUAAGUAACCAAUAGAUAGAUAGACAGAUGAGCUAGCAGACGCACAACACUCAUGAGGAUAUAAACUAAUCAGUGCCAGUUUAGUUACACUCACACACGUCUAGUCUACUAUGCUUCAGUACUCCUGCUCAGUAAAUUUUUUUGUUACCAUUUCAUUUUUGGCACAUUCAAGCAAGUGAGGUGAUGCUCAUUUUCCUCUCAGUACCUUCUCUUUUUAAUAUUUCCUGUGUUAGCGUUUGGAAACGAAAGCGUUUUUUCUCAAUAAACUUAACCGGGGGAGAGAAUUCUGUACCAGAUUUGUAAUGAGCUGAUAUUUCCAUACUAAUAAACCAUUUCAACCUGUAAA